UUAUGGGAUUUUCUUGAUUUUUGCACUAUAACUUUACAAUUAGAAUUUAGGUUUAUCAUUAUUUUUAACAACCAUUAUUCUGCGACUAUUCAGCUCAACAGAUUGCAUUCACGAUGCAAUUUCUUCAAUGAUGCCUUCUCAUCUCCCAAACCUAAUCAGUGCAUCAUUAAUUUUAGUUUGAAGGUUUUUUCAUUCAACUAUUUGUAUAAAUAUGUGCUAUCUGAUUUCCAGAUCUUCAUCCCUUCGAACCCUUCUUUUUUUUCUUACGAUUAUGAUUUUGUCUUAACCCACUAUGGCAGCGACAAGACGCGAUUUUGACUUCUGUUCGUUAUUUCACGACUCUUUGGCUUCUCACACUGAUUAGCCUGCGAAGCUUUUUCAUUCGAAGAAAACCAUCUAAAGUUAACGAUGAUGAUGAUCUUGAGAUCGCAAAGCUUGGGAUUUCUCAGGAUGUUUGUAGUUAGUUUAUCUUGAUAUAUUGCUGAUGCUUUUCCUUUCAGAUUUACAAAGUCCCAUUAGCAGAUGUUGAAGCAUUGAAGUCACCUUAUUGUUGAAAUCAAAUUGGUAGAAUUAUAUUUGAAGUAAAUGUCAGAUUUUGUGACUAUUUUAUUUCAGGUUCAUGUGGAAGAAGACAUCUUAAAUGAACCUCUUUUUUGUCGUUUAUUUUUCGUUGUUGAACCUCUUAAUCUCUUUAUGCAUAAAAGUCUUAAACUCUUUAGUUUUAUGAGUUACUAUCUGUUGUUUCAGCUUGGAUACGAACUCAAAGACGGCCAAGUUGAGAGUUUGGCGUUUCAAAGCCGUGACUGAGUAAAAUUGUUACUUCAUAAUUUUGAGUUUGGCCAAGUUGAGAGUUUGGCGUUUCAAAGCGUUUCAUAAUUUUGAAUAUGAUUUUAAACCAAGUUAUUAUGGAAUUUGUUUAGUUAUUGUUACUUCAAAUUCAUAGGUGGCAGAUUUGUUUAUGUUAGAUUUUUUUGUAUAUGUUAGACUUUUUCUCUUUUUUAUUCAUGAGUUUUCUUUCGAUGUAAGCACAUUCUUCCUUCCUUCUUCUAUCUCACCAUAUGUAUUGUAUUCCAAUGUUGUCUUUCUUAGGUUGUAAUGAACACAAAUGGCUACAACCUUCCAGUUGAUAUAUGGAGCUUAGGAUGCACACUUAUUGAAAUAGCAGCGUUGAAGCCUCUGUGGAGUCAGUAUGAAGGGCGGGACCUAUUAGCUCGCCCAAAUGCCCUGAAAUUACUAAAGCACCCCUUACAUGUUUCCUCUUACAUGUUUGAUGGAAGCCGAACACCGGUUGUGAUUUGGUUAGCUGUAUUUGUGGUCAAGUAUUUUGGAUCCCCAGUUGUUGGUUUGGGCUUCAGUGGUUCUUUGGCGAGCAGUCUCCCAAAGCACGGGGAACACAGAUUAUGUCAUGUACUGUGUAAUCUCUCCAAUGUUACUUAGCCUAUGUAACUAGAGUUUCAAACAAACCAAUUUUUCAAGACUUGCUUUAUGAUAUGUUUUUCAAAUCAGUGGCACGAAACUUGAUCUUACCUUUUGGGAGUCAUACUCGACCCAAUUUAUGGCAUACACGACUGACAAUGGACCACCGGUUGUCAUACUCACUCAUUAUUAGUGUCGUCAAAGUUCAUAUAAAAUCCUUUAUUAAAUAUCAAUCUUACUUACUGUUAUUGUGUUUUUAUUAUUUCAUUGACAACCAUUUUUCUUGCAGCCACUGGAAAGUUCAACCUUUCAAAUGUUUAGAAUGGUUCUAAACUACUUCUCAACUAUGACCAUCCACAAGUCAUAGCAUUCAAGUCAAAGUACAUCGUGCACAUUACUUUUUUUAUGAUAUUACUCUUAACUUACGGCACUGUUAUUACAUCCAAGUAUACUUUUAUAAAUGAUUUUCUGUUAUAGCUAUGUAUGAUGCAGAAAAAAUUUAUUAUCCCGUACUGAAGUUGAAAAAUUAACAACUUCUAUUUUCUGGUAUAACUAUGUAUCAGUAGGUUCAUAUUCUUGACCGAGUUUGAAAAAACUAAUUCUUCGUACACGGUAUGUUACU